AGCUUUACUCAUGCUAUACAUACACCGAUAUGUAUUCACCGUUAGAAACGGUGUAUAUCAAGGGCGCCCGUUGUCAUUCGACUUUUCACCGUUAAUCUCGGCCAAUCUAAUAUUCUCACCGGGGUUCACUGAUAUUCAUUAACUGCGGCCUUGCACGCUACAGUAUAUUAACAGAACAAGGCUCGUCUUCGACCAUCAUUGAUACAGAAAAUGACCUACGAAUCUCCACUUGUCGGGUAUGAAAACGCAGAACUAUUGCCCUCGACGAUUAACCCAGACGGUAUAUCGCUCUUCAACCCGCCUGGCCCCAAGUCCGCCUCCUACGACGAGUUCCCAAAGCCUAUUGAUCCGUCCAAUGGCUUCGACUUUCACAUUUACUACACGCAGGGCGUCCCUUCUGAAACAAAGUACGCGAGGGAGCUUCACGAGCGCGUGAGGAGAGAGUUUCCAGAGCUCCGCAUACACGAACUCUUGGACUGGCCCGUUCCCCCGCACCUGACCACCACAUUUGAAGUCAAUACGUCCAACCCACACCAGACAGGCGCCCUAUUCUGCUGGUUCGUCGUCCACCGCGGCCCAUGCUCCGUCCUCAUCCAUCCUCACACAGGCAAUCCCCUCAGAGACCACACAGAACUCGCCACUUGGAUAGGUAAACCGUGGCCUGUGGACGUUGACAUCAUCAAGAAACACUCGCCAAGUGAUUAGGCCGGUAGGGGAGGCUGCUGAGCUUGAGAGGCGUCCGCAGUACCUUAGAUAAAGCUGUCCCAGUGGAAACUUACUAUUCUUGUUCUUAUCAGUGUAUGCCUCUAUGCACCCGGUUUGCCCAUGUGUAUGACAUUUUCAUUACGAUAGCCACAUUGUAUAAUUGGCUGCCAGUCCGAGCAUGCGAUUGUGUAGGUAGUGCAAGUUGUUGUAGAGCUUUCGUCAGGGAGUUCGAAUGCUAUGUUGACCUCGUUAUCA